AUGUCCUACGCCGUCGAAUCAAAGAAACGAAAGUUUCAUCGCGUUCUUGAAUCCCUUUCCAAGCCCGCCACACCUGAAAAUGCGCCGAAGCAAACACCAGUAGCGCCCGCGACGGCGCAAGACCGCAUCUCCGCCAACCUCUCUCUCAAGAAAGUCCGCUUGAGCGGCGCCGACCGCUCCGUCCUUCCAGCAGUGGAGAACUCAAUAAACAAGAUCUCUCGCCCGGCACAUCGAAUAGCGUCAGCAAACUCGAAUAAGCGCCCAACCUUUGUCCCUUGGGACCGCGAGCGCUUUUUGGAGAGGUUAGAAACAUUCCGUCGCGUCGACCGGUGGACUUCAAAGCCAGGUCCGAUCAAUGAAGUACAAUGGGCAAAGCACGGUUGGAUAUGUACAGAUGCCAUGCGAGUUGCAUGCGUCAGUGAAUGUGGGGGCGCAGUGGUCGUGAAGCUUCCAGAUGAGAUCGAUGAACUAGAUGGCUUUGAUAUUGAGAAGGUUGAGGAGAGGAAGCAAGUUCGCGCCAGGCUUGUGGAUGAAUAUGCCAAAAUGUUAAGCGCCUCCCACGGCGAGGGCUGCCCAUGGAGGAACAAAAGCUGUGACGCAACCAUUCAGCAUCUCCCCUUGACUAAUCAUGAAACUGCCUUAUCGGAGCUUCGUACUCGCUACAUAAACAUCUCCAAGAUGGGCGACAAAUUGCCCGCGAAUGACAUCAUUGAGAUGCCUGAGGGAGUCGAUCUCGAUUUGGUUAUCAGUGGACUUCCCCAAGAGUGGUUCAAGGCCGACUCUCCUGCACCCGAGAACAGUGAGUCUGAAGCUACGAACGGAGACGCCCAGAGUUCCGCGGAAAUCGCAAACCCAGUCCAAUCCAAAACACAGUCUGUGAACAAAGUUGCCGUGGCACUUGCGCUGUUUGGCUGGGACACGGCUUCCGAUGGAGCUGCUGGGCUGGUCGGGUGUAGCGCGUGUUUCCGCCGCCUGGGUUUGUGGAUGUAUAAACCCAAGGACAACGGCGAUGUAACCGUGUACACUUCCUUAAAUGUGGCUGAAGAACACAUGGAAUACUGCCCUUGGAUCGACAAGUUGGCACAAAGUGGAAACGGCCGCACCAGUCAGAAGGUUGCUGAACUGCGUGCUGGGUGGCAGCUGGUAGCAGAGGCAGUCAAAGUCAAGAAUCGUCGCAGACUUCGGGCUAUGGCUUCUACAGACACAUUGAAUACCGAUGCCGGCACACCACAGGAGCCUGCAGAGGAAGAGAACCCGGACGAGAAAAAGAAGGCAGACCGCGAGUGGUGGGCGAAGAUCCGACGGGUGCGACAGGUCCUCACGACCAAGUCUCCCAAGCGAAAGUCGGCUUUGCCAAAUCUGCCGCAGUGA